AUGCCCCGUUUAAUAAAUCAACUCCUGGCAAAGACCGUGUUCAGCUCCUCUGCAAAGAGAUCUCUAGCCACAGUUUCUCCAAAGACAAUCACCACCACCAAAAAACCAGAACAACCAAGCACUACUAAAAACCCAACAUUCCCACAAAAAAUAUAUACAUUAAUACAAAAAUCCAUUGCUAAAGGUGAAGCCCAUUUCAAAGUUGGUGGCAAGAAACUAUAUUUCCCAACUGCUCGUGUUGUGUUAUUACGUCCAAAUGCUAAACAUACACCAUACCAAGCUAAAUUUAUUGUCCCCAAAUCAUUCAACAAGAUGGAUUUAAGAGAUUAUCUAUACCAUCUUUAUGGGAUUAGAGCUUUCAAGAUAACAACCCAAUUGAUUGCAGGUAAAUACACUAGGGAAGGUGCUAUUGCGCGUUAUAGAACUCCACAGAUCAAGAAAAUGACUGUUGAUUUAUUAGAACCAUUUAUUUGGCCAGAGGAACCUGAAAAUAAAAAAGAAGAGUUUAAUAUUAAAUUUAUGGAGGAGAUGAGAUUGUAUGGUGAAGAAUCAAGAAGAAUAGGUAGUGAUAGAUUUAAACCUGGUAAGGCAUUUGAUGGUGAAUUGGGUCCUUAUCCUCAUAAACCUGAACCUUUUGUUCCUAAAUUUUUAAAGAAGAAUUUGAUUAAUGAAAGAAAUAAAGAUCAAGCAAAGAUUGAUAGAGCUGAUAAUGAGAAAUUGGUUAGUAAAUAUUUGGACUUGUGA